AUGACCUUCGACGCCUCGGAAGAAACGCCCUACGGGGGCCGCCUGGCGUGCCCGCAGCCGGAUUGCGGCAGCACGGAGUUUGAGCCGGAGGACCCGGAAGACGAGCAUGGCCCCGCGAUGUGCCUCUCCUGCGGCGAGAGUCUCCCCUACGAGGAAUUCCCCUGGGUGAAGAAAUUUGCCAAUUUUGUCGUUGGAAAAGUUGAAUCCGCCGAGCCAUCCGGAAAGAAGUUGAACAAGUUGCAGGUUAGGAUAAGAGAAGAAGAAAACGACGACGAAGAAGACAAGAAGACCCUAUUGACCAUCGUCACCAACGAUGUGAAGGUCAAAGUCGGUGAGCAUGUGGUGGUCGCGCAGGUCGGCGCAAUCGUGCCGGCGGGGAAAUUAUGGAUUGUAAAAAUGUCUGGGUCUGGAAGAAUGCAUGUUUGUCAUGCUUGUCUGGCAUGACCAAAAAGUUUGUGAUGCGUGUCCAAGAAGAGACCCUCACCCUGUGGCCUGUCAUGCAAAAACGCAGUUUGUCAUGCGAAAAACGCAACACAAAGAAGCGCAGAUCAUAUUUUUCAUGCUUGGCUGUGCAUUACAGAGCAUUCAUUAUUCCCAACGCAGCAUUACAAAUUUCCAGACCCAGACAUUUUUGCAAUCCAUAGAAAUCUGUCGAGGACGGCGGAACUUCAGUGCAGAAGGCCUCGGUGGGCGGGUCGGCGUCGGAGGGCAUGCUCUGCGACUCCACAAUGCUCAGCUGGGUUGGGGGAGCGAAGGGCGUGGCGGUGCGGUUGGAUCCAGCAGGGUUUCCGGUCGGCAGCAAACCGCCGGAGAACAGACCGACGGGGGGUGGAAAAUGAUAAAUGAAGGCUGUAGCUGUUGGAAAGCAAGGACGAAAAAGUCGUGCUUUAAAAGUGCCUAGCUGGAUUAACGCUAACGAAGUUGCUGGAACACUUCCUGGCAAGGAGCAACACAAGAGAAUUAAUAUCAUGUCGAAGCAACUUUGUACGUGUUUCUGUUUGCUGGCUUCGGCUUGCAGUAGUUCCAGAGAUUUUUUGUCGGAAAACGACAGCACGACGACUUGUAUUCUUAGUAAACACGAGGAACAUAAACUCGCACUGAU